AUGUCUGAAACUCAACUAUUAUGGCAGGCACUUCCAAUAAAUACCUCAACAGAAAAGCAAACAAAAAAUAUUCGAGAUUACGAACUACGAAAAAAUAGAAUUACCAUAGCAUUAUGUACAAAUAUAUCAGGCAAAAACAAAGUUACGCCAUUUAUUAUACAUAAUGAUGAAACACAAGAUACAGUAUCCUUACCGUGUAGAUUUCACAAGGACGCAAAGAUGGACCAAAAAUUAUUUAUAGACUGGUUUGAAAACUAUUUCAAACCGUCUGCAGAAAAACAUCAAAGAGGAAAAGAUUAUAUAUCCAGUCAAGUAAUUUUGUUUAUUGCUGAUCGUAAGACGUAUACAAUUUCGUCAGAAUAUCUAAACGAUAAGGAUUAUGAAAUUAGGUAUAUACCAAAACGUACCGCGUCCUUAAUACAACCUAUGGACUGCGGAAUUAUGAAAAGUAUAAAAAGAUUUUAUCGAUAUCAUUUAUUGUGCCGUGUACAACGAGAAAAAGUAAACAAUUUUUAUGAAAGUUAUUCUUUAAAUGAUUGUGUUGAUAUAUUAAGAAAAUCGUGGAAGUCCGUUGCUCUAAACGAUAUAAAACAUGCAUGGCUCAAGAUUUUGCCAUGCCUUGCUGCUUUUUAUAUUAUCACGCCUCCUAGUGGUAAAAUUUUUAAGAUGCUGAGAAAUGUGAUUCAUGAAAUCACUGAAGAUAAAAUGGACCGUAACUAUAUCAUGAAAUAUAUUUUCAAAUCUGAAGAAGCGGAGAGUAAAAAUGAAGAGCAAUCAGAUGAUAGUAUAAUAGAUUCCGAAUAA